CGAGGUGAAUUGCAUCGUGAUUUCAUCCGAGCGCAGCUGGGAGGCACACUGGAAUCCCAACCGGCUUUUUCUAUUCGCAAACGUUUGUUUCUGAGGCUCGUGCAGAGCUUCGGUGUUUUCCGUCUCACCGCACGAGUUGGAUUUUAAUACCGUUGAAGCCUCAUGGAAUCAGACGCGGGGCGGGUUCGGUCUCCUGCUGGAUUAAAAGCAUCGUUCAGUCAGACGAGAGACGAGGACAGACACUGAGAGCUGAGGUCGUGUCAGAAGAGCAGGCAAGGAUGAAACUGAACCCCAGUAAAAGAGAUUCCCCUUGGGGGAGCCAUAGACAGAUGUGGAGCCCCUGGAGCCACUGACCCCGUGUCUAGGUGAUCUAUGGAUGAAGACCACCAGCCCUCAAGAGUCAAUCUUCCACUGCUGAGCAAUUCCACAUUGGCAGACGCAAACAAAUGUUGCUCGGUAAUUGCUGAGUGUCUACAGUUUGAACUUUCAGUUCCUACGCUUGAUUUCUUUGGUUACCUUCCUCUUAACAAAACAAAUUACUUACCACAGCUGUACUUAUCCUGGAGAACUCUGACCCACGACCCAGCAAAUGCACACAAAGCUUCCGGGAAAGCCCAUGUAUCCUCACAUCACCUUCCAAUCGCAUGACCGCGAAAGAAGAAAGUUAUGGCGUCUCAUCAAGAAUGCUGAGGUCGGGCAGGCAUGCAGACUAACAAGAUCAAUACAACCUCGCUGAUUAAUGGCCAGAUUUCUCUUCCAUUUAGUGCACUGGGGAAGAAUCAUCUGCCAAGAAGACCAAGAUUGUGAAACCAAGUCCCUUUGGUCCUUUAAGAGUUGCAUUUCCAUUGCAAAGUAACCCUGUUCUAGACCUUUUUGGCUCUUUGUAUCAUUGAAGACUAUUUCUUCAGAUUUACAAUCAAUACAACUCUUGCGAUACAGUGUGAAUUAAACUGUCGGUCGAAAGCAGUUGGCUUCUUGGUAGGAUAAGUUCUUUUUUACUUUGUUCGUGGUUCAGGUUUACGAAACAUUGGAAAUCCAAAUGAGUUCAAAAUUCACCGAACUGGGAUGAAAAAGAAGCUUGACCCUGCUGAUUAAUAGAUCAAGACUGUGAAACAGGUCUCUUUUGGUUUUCAUUGAAAAUAAUUCUGCUUUAGAACUUUUUUUUGGAACUUUGUAUCAUUUCACUAUAUUUCUUCAGAUUUACGAUUAAUCUGAGAAUAAUUAUCUGCCAAGACCAAGACUGGGAAAUGGGUCUCUGUGGUUUUCAAAAGUUGCAGUGUUAUACUAAUCUGGAUCUUUUUUGCAAAUUUGUAUAAUUUUACACCAUUUCUUCAGAUUUACAAUAAGUUUAAACCUCACAAAGCAGUGAAUCAAAUCAGUUGGAAGCAACUCUUUUAUUUGGUAAAAUAAGUUAUUUUUACCUUGUUCCUGUGGCAAGUUCACAUAACAUUAGAAAUAAAAAUGCCUUCAAAGUUAGCAGAACUGGAUCGUUAAACUAGGUCUAAACUUUGGUCAUUAAGUGUUGCAUUUCCAUUGCAAAGUAACCUUGCUGUCUGCCAAGAAUAAGACCGUAAAACAGGUCUAGAUAUUUUUGUAUCCUUUUACACUAUUUCUUCAGAUUUACAAUUAGUUCAAUACUCACAAAGAAGCGAAUCAAACUGUCUGUGGGAAGCAACUGUUCUUUUUUUACUUUGUCCCUUCAUCAAGUUUACAAAACAUUGAAAAUGUAAAUGCCUUCAAAGUUAGCAGAACUGGCUUGUAAAGGCAGCCACUCCAACUAGCACAUUAAAGCUUGACCCUGAUGAUUAAUGGGAAGAUUUCUCUUCCAUUUAGAGCAUCAGGGAAGAACAGUCUGCCAAGACCAAGACUGCGAAACAGCUCAGUUUUCAAGAGUGGCAUUUCUAUUGAAACGUAAUGCUGCUCUGAAUCUUUUUGGGACUUUGUUUGAUUUAGCACUGCUUCUUCGAGAUUUGCAGUCAAUCAGAGCAGAAUCAUUUGCAGAGACCAAGAUCGUUAAACUAGGUCUCUUUGGUCAUUACGAGUUGCAUUUCCAUUGCAAAGUAACCUUACAGUGGCCCUUUAACUCUAACCUUGUGAUUUACAAUCAAUACAACCCUAGCAAAGCAGCGUGAAUCAAACUGUCAGUUGGGAGCAAUUGGCUUACCUUAUUCCUGGGUCAGAUUUACGAAAUACUGGAAAUGCAAAUGCAUUCAAAGGGUUGAGAAGGUUACCACUCCGACUAGUCCUGCAACUUUAAGAGUCCUUCCAACCCAAGUGCAACAGAGUGGACGACAUUGCUGUGAGAGAGUGCAUGCGGUGGUGGCCCUCAGCAUGGUGUUGCCACCACCGGACAAGCGGCAUGUGUGUCUUACCACCUUCGUCAUCAUGACCAGCAUGGCCUUCAUGGAUGCCUACCUGGUGGAGCAGAAUCAGGGGCCUCGGAAGAUUGGCGUCUGCAUCAUUGUCCUUGUUGGGGAUGUCUGCUUUCUUAUCGUCCUCCGGUAUGUUGCGGUUUGGGUCGGAGCAGAAGUGAGGACGGCCCGGAGAGGAUACGCCAUGAUCCUUUGGUUCCUCUAUAUCUUCGUGCUGGAGAUCAAGCUUUACUUUGUCUUCCAGAACUGUAAGGCCGAUCGCAAGAGCCUGGAGACUGUCGCCCGGAAAGCUUUGACUUUACUGCUGUCCAUUUGCGUCCCAGGCCUCUACCUGGUUCUGGUGGCUCUGGACAGCAUGGAAUACGUCCGUACCUUUCGGAGAAAGGAGGACAUGAGGGGUCGGCUGUUCUGGGUGGCUUUGGAUUUGCUGGACCUGCUGGACAUGCAAGCAAAUCUUUGGGAGCCUCAGCGGACGGGUUUGCCCAUUUGGGCGGAAGGUUUGAUGUUCUUCUACUGCUACAUUUUGCUUCUGAUUCUUCCCUGUGUGUCCCUGAGCGAGAUCAGCGUGCAAGGUGACCACGUGUCCCCGCAGAAGAUGAUGCUUUAUCCUCUUCUUAGUCUGGUCACCAUUAACAUCGUCACCAUCCUCAUACGAGGCGUCAACAUGGUGCUUUUCCAGGACAGCCGGGUAUCCACCAUCUUUGUCGGGAAGAACGUGGUGGCCAUCGCAACCAAGGCAUGCACCUUUCUCGAGUACCGGAAACAGUCGCGGGAAUUCCCAAAUCGAGAGAACACAACAGGAAUUCCCAUGGAAGUCCAGCAAAACUCGGUUGGACACGGACAAGCUCUUCCGAACGCUACAAGCCUCCCACAUGAACCCACUCCAGCACGGGAGAUUAUGGAUACAUGACCAAGUAACCAAAAAUAGAGGAUUUGGAGCCUACAAGGAGCAUUCAAACAACCAGAUAUGAACUGAUGAACUUUGGGGUACUUUGGUAAUGGACUGUGGUAAAUCAGCCAAAUAUGAGUUGUGUUGUUCAAAGAAAACCUUUUAGUGUUUUAUAAUUCGUUCACCACAGUUGGCAUUGAAAAACCAAGUGCUGUUUUUUUUCUGUACAGUAGCAGAACGACUAUGGUGCGAAAUACUUGUUUGAGAGACCAAACUCAUGUUUCCAUCCACUUUUUUUUGUGUGUGACUUCCUGUUGUUCAGGUGCAUCAGAUAUUUGCCUCUCUUGCAAGUAAUGAAUGGGGAAUUGGAAAAAAGAGUGCAAUGAAUAUAUCAUUGAGGGAACUAGGUUGGUGUUUAUGAACAAAUGUUGGGGAGUAGUCCUACAUGCCUGCAGUAUGUGUUUGCGCUUGUGUUUUAUGAUGUGUUGACAUUUAAAGAAAUGAGAAUAAGAGGAAAAAGUACGAAAUUUGUGUGCGAUGACCUUUAUGGAAUUGUUUAGGAAAAAGUCAGUGAAUGCGCUACCACUUGGUUGGUAUAUGGAUUAUUAUUGUUAUCAUUGAUAUUAUAAUUAUUAUAUAUACCACUUGUGUACUUGCUUUUUUUACAUUUUUGUUUGAGGA